AUGUUUAGUCUUUUCUUCUCGCUUUCCUUUGCUAACAUCUAUACGAGUUCCUUCAGUUUCAUUUAUCUAUCUAUCUAUCUAUCUAUCUAUCUAUCUAUCUAUCUAUCUAUCUUUCUUUCUUUCUUUUUUUUCUCUCUCUCUCUAUCGUGUAUCUAUCUAUCUAUCUAUCUAUCUAUCUAUCUAUCUAUCUAUCUAUAUAGAUAUAGGUUGUUACAUCUUAUCUUUUCUUCUUUAUUACUGUCUUUUCUUCCCCCUGUUGCUUUUUCUUUUCGCUUUCCACUGUUUCUUUCCUUUUUUAUUUUUGAUUGUUUCUUUCCUUCUUUUUCUUUCCUUCUUUCUUUCUUUCCUUCUUUUCUUUCUUUCUUAGUUAUAUUCAUAUCAUUAACUUUCCAUUUAUAUAUUCUUUUUUGUUUUUAUUUCUUAUUCCAUAUCACUAAACCUUUCCUUCAUUUUCUUUUGUCUUUCUUUCCUUUUAUCUUUCUUUCUUUCUUUCUUUCUUUCUUUCUUUAUUUAUUUAUUUAUUUAUUUAUUUCUAACGUCUUCCUUAUAUUUUUUCCUUUUCGUUGUUGUUACCCCUUCAUUCAUUUCGUUAUUUUACGUUAUUCCAUCGCCAUAUCUAUGCCUCUGCAGAGAAUGAGACCAAUGUAG